CUCUCCCCCCGCGCUGCUUCUGCCGAUGGGGUUGCCGAAGUGGGAGGGGGUCGUGGAGGGCGUUUCCCCGGUCGCCGCGCGGCGUCACUCCCAGCAUGCAGCGCGGCCCGCUCCUGCCGCCGCCGCCGCUGCCUCCGCCGCCGCCGCUCCUGUCACCGCCGCCGCCGCCGCCUCUCCCGCCGCCGUCACUUUCGCAGCUGCUGCCGCCGCCGGCGCCGCGGGGCUGGGAGACAUGGCGGAGGGAGGCGCGGCGGACCUGGAGACCCAGCGCUCGGACAUCGCGGCGCUGCUCAAGACGGCGCUCCGCAAGGGCGACACCUGGUAUUUAGUGGAUAGCCGCUGGUUCAAACAGUGGAAAAAGUAUGUUGGAUUUGACAGCUGGGACAAAUAUCAGAUGGGAGAUCAGAAUGUUUAUCCUGGUCCUAUUGACAAUUCUGGACUUCUCAAAGAUGGGGACUGUCAGUCUCUCAAGGAACAUCUCAUUGAUGAGCUGGACUACAUUCUUUUACCAACUGAAGGCUGGAACAAGCUGGUUAGCUGGUAUACUCUUAUGGACGGCCAGGAACCAAUUGCACGCAAGGUAGUUGAACAGGGUAUGUUUGUCAAGCACUGCAAAGUAGAAGUAUAUUUGACCGAAUUAAAAUUGUGUGAAAACGGAAAUAUGAACAAUGUAGUAACAAGAAGAUUUAGUAAAGCUGACACAAUCGACACAAUUGAAAAGGAGAUAAGGAAAAUCUUCAAUAUUCCAGAUGAAAAAGAGACCAGGUUGUGGAACAAAUACAUGAGUAACACAUUUGAACCUUUGAAUAAACCAGACAGUACCAUACAGGAUGCUGGCUUGUACCAGGGGCAGGUAUUAGUGAUAGAACAAAAAAAUGAAGAUGGAACAUGGCCAAGGGGUCCUUCAGCUCCAAAGUCCCCAGGUGCAUCCAAUUUUUCAACUUUACCAAAGAUCUCUCCAUCUCUAUCAAAUAAUUAUAACAACAUCAACAACAGAAAUGUGAAAAACUCAAAUUAUUGCCUCCCCUCAUACACUGCUUAUAAGAAUUAUGACUACUCAGAGCCAGGAAGGCACAAUGAACAGCCUGGCCUCUGUGGCCUAAGUAACUUGGGAAAUACAUGUUUCAUGAACUCGGCAAUUCAGUGUCUGAGCAACACCCCUCCACUCACAGAAUACUUCCUCAAUGAUAAGUAUCAAGAAGAGCUGAAUUUUGACAAUCCUUUAGGAAUGCGGGGUGAAAUUGCAAAAUCUUAUGCAGAACUCAUUAAACAGAUGUGGUCAGGAAAAUACAGUUAUGUCACUCCAAGAGCGUUUAAGACACAGGUAGGACGAUUCGCACCACAGUUUUCUGGAUAUCAGCAACAAGAUUGCCAAGAACUUCUAGCCUUUCUUCUUGACGGCCUACAUGAAGACUUGAAUCGUAUUAGGAAAAAGCCUUAUAUUCAAUUAAAAGAUGCUGAUGGUAGGCCUGAUAAGGUGGUUGCUGAAGAAGCUUGGGAGAACCAUUUGAAGAGAAACGAUUCCAUCAUUGUAGAUAUAUUCCACGGACUUUUUAAAUCAACCCUAGUUUGUCCAGAAUGUGCUAAGAUCUCUGUAACAUUUGACCCCUUUUGUUACUUGACUCUUCCACUACCCAUGAAAAAAGAACGCACUUUGGAAGUUUAUUUAGUUAGAAUGGAUCCGCUUGCCAAACCUAUGCAGUAUAAAGUAGUAGUUCCAAAAAUUGGAAAUAUACAGGAUCUCUGCACAGCAUUGUCAACUUUGUCUGGGGUGGCUGCAGAUAAGAUGAUAGUUACUGAUAUAUACAAUCAUAGGUUCCAUAGGAUAUUUGCAAUGGAUGAAAAUCUGAGUAGUAUUAUGGAGCGUGAUGACAUUUAUGUAUUUGAAAUUGGCAUCAACAGAACUGAAGAUACGGAGCAAAUUGUAAUUCCAGUUUGUUUAAGGGAGAAGUUUCGGCACAGCGGUUACAGCCACCACAGUGGUUCCACACAUUUUGGUCAGCCUUUCCUUAUAGCAGUGCCUAGAAACAAUACUGAAGAUAAGCUGUAUAAUCUUCUGCUUUUGAGAAUGUGCCGAUAUGUGAAAACUUCUACUGAAACAGAAGACACCGAAGCAUCCUUGCAGUGCUGCAAGGACAAUGGUAUCAAUGGUAAUGGCCCAAAUGGAAUUCAUGAAGAAGGAUCCCCAAGCGGUGCCGCUAUAUCCUCCAUCCCAGGUGAAAUGGAAACUGACGAACAAGAUGAUGAAUCCAGCCAGGAUCAGGAACUUCCUUCUGAAAAUGAGAACAGCCAGUCAGAAGACUCUGUUGGAGGGGACAAUGAUUCCGAGAAUGGAUUAUGCACAGAGGACUCCUGCAAGGAUCAACUUAUAGGGCACAAAAAGCGAUUGUUCACAUUCCAGUUUAAUAGUUUAGGCAAUACUGACAUCAAUUAUGUUAAGGAUGACACCAGGCAUAUUAGAUUUGAUGACAGGCAACUUAGGCUAGAUGAAAGAUCUUUCUUGGCUUUGGAUUGGGACCCCGAAUAUAAAAAGCGAUUCUUCGAUGAAAAUGCCGCUGAGGAUUUUGAAAAACAUGAGAGCGUGGAAUAUAGACCUCCCAAAAAGCCCUUUGUGAAAUUAAAAGAUUGCAUUGAAUUGUUCACAACAAAGGAAAAGCUAGGUGCUGAAGACCCAUGGUAUUGCCCAAAUUGUAAAGAACAUCAGCAAGCUACCAAAAAACUAGACUUGUGGUCGCUGCCACCAGUACUGGUAGUGCAUUUAAAACGUUUUUCUUACAGCAGAUACAUGAGAGAUAAGUUGGAUACUUUGGUUGACUUCCCUAUAACUGAUUUGGAUAUGUCGGAAUUCCUUAUUAAUCCAAAUGCUGGGCCUUGCCGCUAUAAUUUGAUUGCAGUUUCAAACCACUAUGGAGGAAUGGGUGGAGGGCAUUACACUGCUUUUGCAAAAAAUAAAGAUGAUGGGAAAUGGUACUACUUUGAUGACAGUAGCGUGUCCACUGCAUCUGAGGAACAAAUAGUGUCCAAAGCAGCAUAUGUGCUCUUCUACCAGAGACAGGACACAAUAAGUGGAACUGGCUUUUUUCCUCUUGACCGGGAAACUAAACAAGGUGCUUCUGCCGCCACAGGCAUCCCAUUAGAGAGUGAUGAAGACAGUAAUGAGAAUGACAAUGAUAUAGAGAAUGAAAAUUGUAUGCACACUAACUAAUGGAAGAUCUAGAAGCCAUACAGAGAAAAACUUUCUUGUGGGAGAUACCUACUAAAGCAUUGAAAUUACCCACCAAAUUAAAAAUAAAAUCUGAGAUGGGAAAUUUCAGAUGACAGAAUGUAAAUCCUUAUUACAUUUUAACUUGUGCAGUACUUGAAGUGAAACACAAUGAAAACGUUAACAGAAUUUGUCUCCUAUUACCUUUACAAUCUUGUAUUCACAAGCUAUAUACGUAUAGGAAAUCACAAAUAAACCCCUUUACAAUUUCUGCUGCAGUUUGGAUGAAUUAUGGAUUUUUUGUUUCGGAUGCGAGUUAUUAUCAACAAUUUGUGGAUUUGGUUUUUGUGUAACACCACAAGAAUAUUACUGCCAAGCCUUUAUUUUUGGAUAGGUGUGUCCAUAUACAUGUAACAAACUUCAAUUUGCCUAGUAUAUGUGACUAAUUAAUAAGUGCAGCAGUAUUCUUGCAACACCAAAUUUUCAAGUUUAUCCCUGAAAUAAACGUUGAUUAAAAAGCAACUUAAUCAUGAUAGAAAAUAACUUGGAAAAGGUGUUUUAACCUUUUGUGGUAUAAGUAAACUUCCAGAAUAUUAUGUUCAUCUUACUGCUGCUGUGGAACAGGUUCUGGAUUUCAUGCUGCAUUAAGGAAUUGAAUUUUUCAAUUAAAUGUAAGUAUCCCUCAUUGCUUGUUGGAUCUACUUUGUAAACAUAAUUCCUGUUACCUUGCUUAUAAGAUGUGCGUAAUUUUAAUCUGGUGUCAGUCCAAAAAUUUUAAUUGUGCUGUAAAAGUCCCCACCCCACCCCAUUUUUGGUAGUUUGGCAAUUUUGCAAACUACAUGCCGUGUAAUAGGGUCCGAUUUUUAAUAGUAUACUGUAUUCAUAGUAACGACUGUGCAUCAAGCUUAGAUGACUUUUCCAUAUAACUUGCCUUCAAAUUGUUAAUGGGCAACUGGUUUAAAGGUAGGUCUGUUAAUUUUCAUGUGCGUUCUUGGUGGAAUUCACCAUAGCCUUACAUCUUAUCUCAAAAAAGGUAACUUUAUUAUAGAAGAUUUGGCAUUUGCAUGUUCAAGAGUCAGAACCUGUACAGUAAGUAGAUAAAGCAUACAUACCUUGAAUUGGAUUUUAAUUAACUGUGUUCAAGAAGUCUGGGAUGCCAAAAAUAAGUGUAACAGUUUGAAACAUUUUUUUUUUAAUUUGCUGCUUUCCCUUUGAUAUAGUUGGAAGAAUGUAUUGUUGAUUCAUAUACAAUACUGCCUUUGACAGGAACUCCCUAAUUGUGGAGGCCCACUUCACAUAUCUACUACCUGAAGUCCCACCAUUGUUAAAAGCAAAAAGUAUGAUCUUCACUUGAACUAAUCAAAUACAAUAAGUUAUAAAUUGUGUAUUGUAAAUAAAGUUCACUCUGUGAGUGCACAUUUUGGUAAAUUAUUUAUUUAUGUUAGCAUUUAAAAGUUUAAAAUUGCAUUUGACCAGGAUAAAAAAAUUAGGUUUGUGGACAUGGCUUUGCUUUAUACUUUGAUAUUAAAAGCUGGUGUUUCAUCCUGGUAUUUUAAAGCUGCUUUCUGUUUUUUUAAAUGUAAGCUUAGCCUCCUGCAUGACAGAGGUUAAAAAAUUGUCUGCACUUGAGUUCACUUGGGUUUACAUUUGAAAUGCGCAUGUUUUAUUUAUAAAAAUUUCAAUAAAGCUAUUCAAGGCCUUA